CGAGAACGAGAGCGCGAGGGGGGCCUAGAAGCCGCCGUGGCACAGCGGCACACUUGGAUCGAAGCGUAGCGUUGCUGCUGGAGCCGUGGGCUUGCGGAGGCAUGGAGGAAAUUGCGGUGCGCAGGACGAGAUCGUCGUGAGAGGGAUUGAUUCAAGAGCUUCGGCUGUUGGUUGGUCGUGGAGGCAGUCGAGGAGCACGGUGGAUCGAGCGAGCGCGAGAGAGGGAGCGGAGAAUCCGAAGAUGGCUUGGGCGGGGGCCAAGAGAUGGACCCUGAAGAAUUCGAGCUUCCGGAGCCGCCAGAAUGUGAGAAAUUUGAACUACGCUGCCGGCAACGCCACGAAGGCGGCGCAUCCUUCCGAGGCCGCUGGCAGGAAACGCCACAGUGAAGGGAGCAACUUAUAUCUGCCUGGCGCUACCGUCGCCACGUUGAUGAUGCUGGGAGCUUUGCACAUACGCCGCAUGUAUGAGGAGAAACAGGUUGACGAAGCCAGGCGCCAAGGCAGAGAACCUGAGUUUGUUGCUGACUGGAAGGCCACUUUUCUUCAGAUGCUUCCCUUGCGUUUCAUUUCUAGGACAUGGGGCUCUCUUACUUCUGUGGAACUUCCUGUAUGGCUACGUCCUCACGUCUAUAAUGGAUGGGCACGCGCUUUUAAUGCCAAUCUUGAUGAAGCAUCACUACCUAUUGAAGAGUAUGUUUCUUUAAGAGAUUUCUUCACCAGGACAUUGAAGGAAGGGGCAAGACCCUUAGAUCCCAGUACUACAUGUCUGCUCAGCCCCGUGGAUGGAGUUGUUCUGCAAUGUGGACAAGUAACAGGAACGGGAACAAUGAUUGAGCAGGUUAAAGGUUUUUCAUACUCUGUUUCGUCUCUUCUUGGAGCCAAUCCCCACGUUUCAUCAUCAUCAUCAUCACUACUGGAGGAUGGACAGACAACUCAGAACCCUGAUGAGUCAGAAGCAACAUCUAGGAAUCAAAUUGAGUCAGCGACUGAGGCAGACUCGUUACGGGCGUCAUCAUCUCAACACAUUCUUACAAGAUCACCGUCGGAAACAGGAAACAAGGGCCUGUUUUAUUGCGUGCUGUACUUAGGGCCCGGUGACUACCAUCGAAUUCAUUCACCUUCUGACUGGGAUGUUUUCUACCGUCGCCAUUUUUAUGGUCGUUUGUAUCCGGUAAACGAACGUGCCGUAAGAACCAUCAAAAACUUAUAUGUUCUUAAUGAAAGGGUGGUAUUAGAAGGUAGAUGGUCGCAGGGCUUCAUGGCUAUGGCAGCUGUUGGCGCAACCAAUGUCGGCUCAAUAGAGUUGAAGUUUGAACCUGAGCUGAAAACAAAUAUUCCAAAAGUAGGAUUAUCUCUGGCCACCAUAAACUCACGCAGUUAUGGACAAAAUGGUCUUAAUGUGAAAGCAGGGGAAGAGGUGGCAGUUUUUAACCUUGGAUCCACUGUGGUUCUUGUGUUUGAAGCACCUUCAGUAGAGACAGAAGAUUUAUCAGCUCAUGAAAAAUCCCGGCCUGAGAGUAGAAAUUUUAGAUUCACAGUAGCGAAUGGAGAGAGAAUAAAGAUGGGGCAAGCACUAGGAGACUGGUAGUACUUUUCACCUUGGAAGAUGGUCUGUUUUAUCGUCAAAAUCAUUCAUAUAAGCAAUGCAAUCGCUUUGUGUCAGUUAAUGACACGAGAAGAGUAUUUUAUUGCUAUCCACUGCAGAAAUUCACCACUAUCAACUUCCU